ACCGCCAAAACUAGUGAAAAAAAAAUGCCAAAAAACCUGCAGGAAACCCUCCAUUUUUACAUAUCAAAGCUCACAAAAACCACGAAUAAUGAUCUACCUUCGCCUGAAAACCACCAAUUUUCGCCUGAAACCCUCCACUCACGGUCUCUAAACCACUCAAAAAGCUCUUGGUUUUUCUCUGGGUGCAGAUACCCAAGAACCCCAUCUUUUGCUCAUGGCCGGAAAUCUGACCCACAAAACGGGACCUUCUCUAAUUUCAAUACCCUCUUUGAAGAUUCCGGUGAAAUUUCGGGUGAAAAAUCUGACCCACAAAAUGAAGAGCCCUGCAACUUCAACACCUUAUUUAAAGAUUCCGGCAUAAAAUCAGAUUCUGGUGAAGUUUCCCUUCAAAACAUUAACCAGAGAAACCAAGAUUUCACCCAUUUCAACAACACCCCAUUUGAAGAAUGCGACGAAAUCUCAGGAAAAACAUCAAAUUCCAGCAAAAUAUCUUCUUACCCACAAAGAGAAAACCGCUGUAACUUCCACACCCCGUGUGAAGAUUCCGGAAAAAAAUCAAAUUCCUGCAAACAAACGGACCCACAAAGAGACAUCCUCUGCAACUUCAAGACCAACUUUGAAGGUUCUAGCAAGUUUUCCGGCCGAAAAUCCGAGUCACAAGACACAACCAUCUGUAAUUUGAGCUCCCCCUUUGAAGAUUCCAGUGAGUUUUCCGGCAGAAUAUCACCAGAAUUCACGACCGAUUCUUGCAGUUUCUCGAGUGGCCUUUCCUCUUCAGAAGGUCAUCGAAGUGGCGCUCGACGCUUCUUCUUCUCACCUGAAAAGUCAAGCUCGAUCCUCUCCGCCUUGCCGGAUAAAUUUCCCGGUGUUGCUUUUCCGGCCUUCUCGCCAGAUCCUUUCUCUGACUUCCGGGGAUCCAUGCAGGAGAUGGUGGAUUUCAGGCUUGCGAUGGGUGAGGUUUUGGAUUGGAGUUUUCUAGAGGAGCUUCUCCUCAGUUAUCUCAGGCUGAAUGAGAAAGAGAUGCAUAAGUAUAUAGUGGGGGCUUUUGCUGAUUUAAUGGUGAGCUUUGGGCGGGUCACCGGAUAAUGGAGAAAUCCGGUCACUCUUUGUCAAAUUCCGUUGAUAUUCCAGCCAUUCCAGACGAUUUUCCGAUGAUUGAGAACGGUCAGAAAAUGGGAAACUCAGAGGAGAUUUUGGUGUGAGAAAAGAGUGGGUUUUUGCUGUGAUUAUGGAAAAGAAAAUGGAGAGCAAGGAGAUUUUGGAGA